GUCAGCUGACGAGGAUGCCUCGAAGAUGUCUACUAGUUAGCAGCGAACGAGGACGACGACGACGACGACGAGGAGAAACGUAGGUGUCCGGAGGGUUGUUCGGGCCCUACGGGGGUAAGAGACGAUCACAGAUUCAAGGAUGUUCUGUGCGGAGGGUAGCUCGUCGUCGAAGGGCAGUUUCCUGCAGCAAAAGAAGGCCGCGCGCGAGGAUCGAGCUCACGAGAAGCGCAGGGAGGCCGCGGCCACCCUGAUCCAGGCCCAUAUUCGGGGUUGGCUGGCACGCGUCCGGUUCACCAAACGGAUUCUAGAAGAAUUUGAUAAUGAUUUUCUCGAUGACACCGGUACCGACAGCACAACAAUUGAGUUAAUACCUGCUCUUGAGGUGUACAGAAUUAUUUCUAGAUUUUUGCUAAUUUAUAAGAAAGAAAGGGAUCAAGAGAGAAUAGAAAGAGUAUGUAGAUACCUCGUGUUGACGCUUGAUUCCGAAUCUCCAAAGAUAUCCUAUGUCGGAGUGGCGUUCAACAAAGAUCACUACAUAUCAUGGAUAUCACAAAUGAAGACAGUUCUAUACCACUGCCUAUCUGGCUUGGACAGUCUGAAGCCAGAGAGAGUAUCAGACCACAAAUCUAUAUUGCUGCGACUGCAUACUCUGGUGAGUUUUACAUCACCAGGAACGUGGGCCAUACAGAAGGUGAAGGGCAUGGACCAGUUGAAGACAGGCAUGAGUCAGCUGUGUGCAAACAUAAUGGGACAUUUAGUUAAUAAUGGAUUUUAUGGUAUUAUGCAGGCUUUGUUAAUGAAGGGAUUGGGUAGAGCAAAAAUCGCUCUGAAACCAGUUACACUUUCAGCAGCGGUCACCUUGACACUAAGACCACUGAUCUCUUCGCAAAUGUCUGACAAACUGGUGUCCUUGUUUCUAAUUAACAUCUUUAGCGUGCCAGCUCUGGUCUAUCACUUGAAUAUUUUAUCACCAGAGUGCAUUUCAUCGUUCAUAACGAACAAUCUGUUUGGAAGAAGUUUAGAGUUGUUAAAUUCCGAACAGAAUUUAAGGAUCGUUUUUAACGCUCUGGAAGGCAGUUAUGCGCUUUGUUUGCUUGCUAAUUUGAUACAGUUGGCCAACAUUGAAAGAGAAGAGGUACUGAGAGAAAUCUGUUUUCCUUCUUUUACGUUUGUUGUGACAAGGAUGCUGGAAGCGUGUCAACAAUAUGUAGUUGCAAAACGAAGUAAUUUGACACACUGGCAUCCUGUAUUAGGUUGGUUCGCACAAACAAUCGACACUUCGUUACAGGAUGCGACCCCUUCGGUAAAAUUACAACUUGCUUGUCUCUGGACUGGCAGGAUCGUUACACAUUUAAUCGAGCAGCCACUAACCGAAUUUGUCGAGAAAGAGGUACCACCUCCGGUAGAGCAGCAAAGUACCUCUUCCUUGGGCGCCAAUAUCUUUCGGCGUGCUUUCCUGGAGGCUCGCACUAACAGAAACAACAGCACUAAAAAUUAUAGGAAACUAGGCAGUCCGGACGCCACCAAGAUAGCCUUGAUCUGUUCACUGUACCAAACUGCACUGCAUACACUCACGCAAAUGAAAAUCGAAAUACUGACCGGUCUCUGCUAUCAAGGCAAAAUUCUCUACCAUAUGUGGUUAUUUCUGACCACACUGGGACCGCACUGUGGAUUGAAGGCAUUUCUAGACCUCUUGGCUGCCAACACUAAGUGCACGGCGCCCGAAUUCCAGAUGUUGAUAUUGUUCGCCGACUGUAUGACGCAUUACGUUACCAUUCUCGAUGACAUGGAGAUGUAUGAGCAGCAAGAUCCCUUCAAACUCACGGACUUCAUCACCAUGUCAUACUUCUUAAAUCAAUUCUUGUAUAAAGCAGUUCUCUCUAAUUUAUUCGACUUCAAAAUUUUGGAUGUUAUAGAUGUGAAAUCGGUGUCUAGCAAUCCCCUGUUCAUCUCGCUUUACAUUCUCUUAAUGGCGAUCUAUCGACGCGAUUGUCGCAGAACGUUCUGCCCGGAAGGUCACUGGUUGGCCAAGGAAGUACGAGUGUCCGGUUUCUUGGCUGAUUUGGAGAAGGGUCGACGCGGCGCGGCACUUUUACUCUCAAAAAUGCCCCACGUCAUCCCCCAUUCCGAGCGAGUUGUAUUAUUUCGCAAGCACAUAGCCGAUGAGAAAGCGGUGAUGGGUUUGACCGAGAGUGCUUGUAAUAGUCCGCCGACUACGCUCAUUGUUGUACACAGAACACGUAUAGUAGAGGAUGGAUACAGACAAUUGGCCAUGUUGCCAUCACAAGCGUUGAAAGGCGUGAUUAGGGUACGUUUCGUGAACGAGCAAGGUUUGGCCGAAGCCGGCAUUGAUCAGGACGGAGUCUUCAAGGAGUUCCUGGAAGAGACAAUAAAGCGAGUAUUUGAUCCGUCCUUGAAUUUGUUCAGAGCUACCAGCGAGAACCGGCUCUACCCAUCUCCUACGUCUUUCAUGCAGGAUAAUCACUUGCAACUCUUCGAAUUCGUCGGGCGGAUGCUUGGUAAAGCAGUGUACGAGGGCAUCGUCGUAGAUGUGCCUUUUGCGUCAUUCUUUGUCUCGCAAUUUUCCGGGCAAACGGGCGGCGCGUUGUACAGCUGGCUUGACGAGCUCGCCUCGCUGGAUCGCGAUCUCUACCGCAGUCUGACCUUGGUGAAACAUUACAAGGGCGAUAUCCGGCAGCUGGAAUUGACGUUCUCGCUCGAUGAGGACGUGCUCGGCAAACUGGUCACGCACGAGUUGAUACCUGGCGGACGCACCACCGCUGUAACCAAUCAGAACAAGAUUCAGUACAUCCAUCACAUGGCGCACUACAGAAUGUAUCAUCAGAUCAAGGAGCAAACGACCGCCUUCAUCAAAGGAUUCCGCUCGAUCAUUAAUCCCGAGUGGCUGUCGUUGUUCUCGACGCCCGAGUUACAGAGAUUGAUUUCGGGCGAUAAUGUUCCUUUGGAUUUGCGAGAUUUACGAAGGCAUACGCAGUACUACGGCGGAUUUCACGACAGUCACAGAGUUGUAUGCUGGCUGUGGGACAUCUUGGAAAAGGAUUUUACGGAAGAAGAAAGAGGCUUAUUUUUAAAGUUCGUGACAAGUUGCUCAAAGUCGCCUUUGCUGGGUUUCGCUCAUUUAGAGCCGCCUUUCUCCAUACGAUGCGUGGAAGUCUGCGAUGAUGAGGAUACCGGCGACACAAUUGGCAGCGUGAUCAGAGGUUUCUUCACAAUUCGCAAAAAGGAUCCACAGAACCGACUGCCCACCUCAUCCACAUGUUUUAAUCUGCUUAAACUGCCAAAUUAUCAAAAGAAGAGCACUUUGCGAGAGAAGUUGCGCUACGCCGUCACCAGCAACACCGGUUUCGAACUCUCUUAAGUCCUACUAGUUGCGGCAACUUUACCUUUGAGAUGUGGAAAAGAGACGAACGAAUUUAUCGAAAUAUCGUGCGUAUUUUUGAAACGAGAUGAAUUUUUAGUUGACGAUUGGAUACACGUGAGAUUCCACAAGGUUUGAAAAGUUAGCUGAUAUGACUGAUACCUCAAAAAAGCCGAUUCUGUAUAAAGUGACAUCGAGUGGUGCCUAAACUGCUCCCUUAUCCCCAUUUGAAGCAUAAUUUACAGACCGAUUAAACGCAUUGUCGAUUUAAACAUUGCUUUUCAGAUGACGCUAAUUUUAAGAAAAACGUCACUCAAAAACGUCACGAUCCAAAGAUGAUAUUGCGUUAUUCGGAUGGGAUAUCGUGAACGUGAGAAAAUGUACAAUAUAAGAAUACAUAAUAAUGAGAGAUAAUUGUUAGGCGUAUACAUAUAUAUUUAAAUGAAUUCUUGGUGAGAGCUAAGUAUUUUAGGGUGAAAUCUACAUUCACGAUGUUCGUUUUCGCGAUACAUAUACAUAGGCACACAUUACCGAUGCGAAAUACACCGUACCUCAUGAGCUUAAUUAUCGCUGAGAUAAUCGUGCGCUUGUUAAUGGAUAGAAUCGUUGAUCACUAUUACAUUAAGAUCAGGAGUGACGGACAUUUAAAUUAUAUAGAUUCCACACAAAUACACAUUUAUCAUGAAUUGUUCCACUGAUUAGUGGGCAUUUAACUAAAAAUCAAAAAUUGAAUCAGUAAGUAAAAAAAGAGCUUAUCUAUACACAGUUGUGAUCUCGAAAAUGUGUGAUAUUUUAUAAAAUUAUAAAGUACAUAUUAAAUUAUUACUCAAUCAUUUAUUAUCACUUUUCAAUUUUAAUAAACUUCGAGAUUUAUAGAGGCACUAAAAAAAAAAGAAAGAAAAAAGAAAAAAAAAGAAAAAAAAAUAGUUUUAUCUAAAUAUAUGAGUUCUCAAUCGCGAGCGUGAGCACGUUUUCGAGUGAGAACGUUUCUUUUUUUAUAUCUACAAAAGUUUCAAAAAACUUGUCUCUUCUGCUUAUUGAUCCAAUUGAACAUAUAUAUUUCGAUGCUCAUUUUCGGAAAGGUUCGCCACUCCUGCAUUAAUAAAGGAACUUUCCCUAAGCUAGGGGAUGCUGUCCUGUCGACGAAUCAACGUGUGUGCGAAACGAGUGUCCGUGAGCAAUCAAAAACAGCAACUUGCAAGUUUCUACAAACUUUCCAAUACGGAGAAAGAAAAAAUAAGCCGAGCAGAGGAGAUCGCCAUCUAUUUUAAAAGCUAUUUUCUCAAGAUUUUUGUACAGACUAUUUGGCGCGGCGUGCCAUCGAAUCACAAUUUAGCAAGUGCAAUUCCCACGGGCGCUCGCGAAUAAAAAAUUCCGGAGUUUUUAUUCCGAUCGAAGGAGAUUAUGACAGGAAUCUCAUCGUACUUUGCGCGGAAUAGAAAUUGAUAAGAGAACAAAAGGAUUUUUCGAACAUUGUUAAGAGAUCAGAGAGAAAAAAAGAAAUAUGUUUUUUAAAUUUUGAAAUAAUACAUAUUUUUUCUUUUAUUUAUCUUUUAACAAUUUUAUCAUCUUAAUAAAUAAAUGAGAAAUAAUUUUAAUAAAAAAAAAACUAAACGUUAGAAUUUAGUUUAAAACAGCCGAAUUGUAAAUUUAAAGAAUAAAAUUUAUAACUUCAUAAAAAAUGUAUACAUUUACGAUUUGAAACUUCAUUCCUUUAUUACAUUUUUAUAUGUUUACUGAGACAAUUGUUAUCUAUGAGAAAUUCCAAUGACAAGCUCAAUUAUUUAAACAUUUUUAUCUUGUUCAAUUACAAUUUAAAAUAACUUGACACAUUCGAGACUUUCAUCAUAAACGCGUGCGAGAUAUUCGCUGGUGUUUAUAAAUAUCAAGAAAAAAAGAAGAGGGCACAAAAGAACUACGGUAUCCUGCGUGAACAAAGCAUGAAAAACAAAUCUAAUAAUGUAACGUUGUUAUUUUGUCGUGUCUUUCGGAAAAGAGAGACAAGCGUUCUUCAAAUAGAUUAAUAGAUGAUAAUGCGAGAGGCAGUGGCGGAGGAAUUCAAUGACAGACCAAAGAUAAAGGCGACGUUUCGAAAUGUAAUCUUUGCAUAUUUUCCUACGUGAUUCCGCGCGUGUUAUAAGCCCGCGAAUCUGCGCUCACACAAUUGAGACACAAAGAACAUACGUUAUUGAAUAAAUUUUGAAUAAUUACUUUUCGAAAAUUAAAUUGUGUGAAAUUUAAUUUUGACUGAUAAUGUAAAGAUUAUUUCAUUGUAAUAGAUACUAUAAUAUCACUGAUUUUGAUCGAAUGUGCAAUAUAUAAUAAUAUUGUAAUUUUAUUCUGUUAUAUUUAUAUAAUAUUUAUUGCUUUCGAAGGAAUAUAUACACAUAUAUAUAUACACAAAUUAAUUAGGCCUUAUUAUAUGUUUAUGUAAUAUUUAUAUAUCCAUAUAUGCAGUGUAUCUCUCAUUGGUAUAAUACUAAUGUUUAUUAUAUUCAGUCCUAGAAAUUUUGUAUGGGCACAGAAUUGGCGGUUGCGUAUAUUUAUUAAACCAGAGCAGCAAAUACUCCGGUUCAUAGAUAUACUCGUUCAUAGGAACAAUAAAGUUAAGAAACGGCUAUUAAUGUGUAAGUAUAGAAGCGUAAGAUUGACGUAUAUCGAAUGGGAAACUUGCGAUUGUAAGACGAAUUUAUAUCCGUCUCGCAGUAAUACGUUUAUGAAGUUUAAUUCUUCGUUUAAAAAAGGGAAGCGAUAUGACGGUAGCUGUGAGGCGAGUUUCUCUUACAAAUGCAAAGCGAACGAAGACGAAGGCAUUGUAUAAAUCGCUUGCUUCGAUUAUACAACGGCCGUUGCAUACGUUCGUUUAUAAUCAAUGGUAAAUUAUUAAGAUUCUAUAUAAGAAGAUAAAGAUGAUGUUGUAUAAGAACGAAAGAAAGAGAGAGAGAGAUCCGCUAAUUUCGUACGAUGAAGAUUGGCAACAAUCGUAAAAAUAUAUACACACGUCGCAAAAGUU